CCCUCCCAGAUCCGGGGAGGGUCCCGGCCCCCACCCGCCACCCCGCUGCGGGCCGGCUCUUCACGGAGCCGCGCGGCUCCGCCGCCCACCUGUCGCCCGCCUCCUCACACGGGCGCCGCGGGGGGGCGGCGGCCGUGGCGGCGGGGAACGGGGCACCGUCGCCCGCGGACCGGGCCGGCGGCUCAGCAGCGCCCUCUCCCCUGCCAGUGUGUGCGGGGUGUGUGCGUGUGUAGGGCGACGGCGCUGCCCGGGCCUCCCCCCCCCCCCCCCCCCCCGGCCUUGCUGCAAGAUGGUGGGAUGCGUGGCUGUGGAGCGAGCCCGGAGCGCGCCUCCAGUCGUUUAUUCCGCCCCGCCGCUACCUGCGUGAGAGGCCGGAGAGCAGGGCACCUGAACUGUGCUGCCGUUGCUAGCAAGUCCAGACCGCUCUGCCAACAGCCUUGUCUUUGAUUACCAGCCAGUUUUCCCAUGUGCUUUAUUGGAAUGGUUAUUCAGUUGCCUUGGAGAUGAUCCUGCAGCUGUAAAUGUAGGGCCGAAGAUUAAUGGUGUGGGCAGUAUGGACCUAAUGAACGGACAGUUAAGCAGUGUUAAUAUUGCAGCUACUGCUUCAGAGAAGAGUAGCAGCUCUGAAUCCUUGAGUGAGAAAGGUUCAGCUGAACUGAAGAAGAGUUUUGAUGCAGUGGUAUUUGAUGUUCUAAAGGUUACACCAGAAGAAUAUGCGGGUCAGAUAACGCUAAUGGAUGUCCCUGUAUUUAAAGCAAUUCAGCCAGAGGAGCUGGCAAGCUGUGGCUGGAAUAAGAGAGAGAAAUACAGUUCUGCACCAAAUGCUGUUGCUUUCACCAGAAGAUUCAAUCAUAAAACCAUGAACAGCUCUCUCUAUGUAAGCUUCUGGGUUGUUAGAGAGAUUCUACAUGCACAAACUUUAAAAAUAAGAGCUGAGGUUUUGAGCCACUAUAUUAAAACUGCAAAGAAACUGUAUGAGCUGAAUAAUCUGCAUGCUCUUAUGGCAGUUGUAUCAGGCCUACAGAGUGCUCCAAUCUUCAGGCUGACUAAAACGUGGGCGUUACUGAGUCGGAAGGAUAAAGCCACCUUUGAAAAGUUGGAGUAUGUUAUGAGUAAAGAAGAUAAUUACAAAAGGCUUAGAGACUAUAUCAGCAGCUUGAAGAUGACUCCUUGUAUUCCCUAUUUAGGUAUUUAUCUGUCAGACUUGACGUAUAUUGACUCUGCCUACCCAUCAACAGGGAGCAUUCUGGAAAGCGAGCAAAGAACCAAUUUAAUGAACAACAUUCUUCGAAUUAUCUCAGAUCUACAGCAGUCUUGUGAAUAUGAUAUUCCUCUGUUGCCUCAUGUCCAAAAAUACCUAAACUCGGUUCAGUACAUAGAAGAACUACAAAAGUUUGUAGAAGAUGAUAAUUACAAACUUUCAUUAAAGAUAGAACCAGGGACCAGCACCCCCCACUCUGCUGCUUCCAGAGAAGAUUUAGUAGGCUCUGAAGUCGGAGCGUCUCCACAAAGUGGACGGAAAAAUGUUGCAGCUGAAGGAGCCUUGCUACCACCAACACCCCCUUCACCUAGGAACCUGAUACCGCAUGGACAUAGGAAAUGUCACAGUCUGGGAUACAAUUUCAUUCACAAAAUGAAUACAGCUGAAUUUAAAAGCGCAACAUUCCCCAAUGCAGGACCAAGGCACCUACUGGAUGACAGCGUCAUGGAGCCUCAUGUCCCAUCCCGAGGGCAGGCAGAAAGCUCCACCCUUUCUAGUGGAAUUUCAAUAGGUAGCAGUGAUGGUUCUGAACUCAGUGAAGAGACUUCCUGGCCGGCAUUUGAAAGGAACAGGUUGUACCAUUCUCUCGGUCCGGGGACAAGAGUGUCACGAAAUGGCUAUCGAGGCCGCAUGAAGGCCAGCAGCUCCCUAGAAUCUGAAGAUUUGGCUGUUCAUUUGUAUCCAGGAGCAGUUACUAUUCAAGGUGUUCUCAGGAGGAAGACUUUGUUGAAAGAAGGCAAAAAACCUACAGUAGCAUCUUGGACAAAAUACUGGGUAGCACUGUGUGGAACCCAACUCUUUUACUACGCUGCAAAAUCUCUGAAGGCUACAGAGAGAAAACAUUUCAAAUCCACGCCGAGUAAGAAUGUGUCAGUGGUGGGCUGGAUGGUCAUGAUGGCAGAUGACCCUGAGCAUCCAGAUCUCUUCUUAUUGACUGAUUCUGAGAAGGGAAAUUCAUAUAAAUUUCAAGCUGGAAACAGAAUGAAUGCAAUGCUCUGGUUUAAACACCUGAGUGCUGCCUGCCAAAGCAACAGACAACAGGUUCCUGCCAACUUGAUGACCUUUGAAUAAUAGGCUAAUUCAAAACAAAAAAAAGAACAAUUUGAACCAUCUCAUAAUUGAGAAUGAGGUUGUGAUGAAAAAUGUGCCAGCUGUAUUCUGUGCCAGAACAGAGCCUGUCAACUCAAUCCCUGAACUCUGGAGCCCUGAACAAAACCACUAAUGGUUGGGGAGUAGAGUCCCCAAAAUUAAAAAUGGAGUUGCAACACGAAUUGCCAUGGACCAUACUUCGUUAUAUUCUCUGAACUGACCUGUGGAAACCACUGCCUUAAAGAGUGAAAGGAAAAACAACAUGAAACACCAAAUAGUGUGUGUGAAACUUCUGGCGGUGCUGUGCUUGAGUUAAAUAGAUUGUAGCUAGUUUGAGUUUCUUUUAACUUUAUACUAAUUUUGAAAAUAACUCACCUUUUUAGGCAUUCUUAAGAAAACAAGUAAACUGGUAUUUAAGAGUUGUAUCAAAAGCUAUGUAUGAACCGGGUAAAAGAGGUACUACAUGUUCUAGAGAUGUUGUUUAGAGUAUACCAGGAGUUCUUGAUGGGAGCUUGUCCCAGGAACACUUAGCCCAUAGCAAUGUUGUUUCUCUCAGACCUGCAAGUAUAAGAAAUGUAACAACUGCAAGUUUAAAAUAACAGUAAGCUUGCAAAUGUUACUACUGUAUGGGGGCCAUAUUCCCUAUGAGUGGCACAAAGGCUGAGUACUUACACACCAAAAAUUUUUUUGGUACGUUAUUACCUAAUUCCUGGUUAAAAAUGUAGUUCACAUGUUUUGGGUGGUCAGUGUGUGUGUGUGUAAGAGACAAAACUGAAAGCACUAUUGGGUCAGAACUGAGUGUUUUCUUCCCAUUUGUUUCUACACCUGUCACUCUCCUACAUACAAAGGUUGAAUGAUGAAAAAAACCAACACCUGGGUAUAGCUCACUGAGACAUUUUACUUCAAUGUUUUACUUCUCAAUUAUCAGUUAGGGACCACUGUUAGUGUAUGGUGUUUCAUAAUAUCACUUAAGAUCUAUGUUUUAAAAAGAUAGAGGCACAAUUUCAAAUUUUCAUGUUCUUAUUUGGCAAUAAUUGAUUUUAGUAUCUGUCUUGGUCAAAGUAGUUGACAUUGCGUGGUGUUGAUAACAUGGCCUAAAGCAAACUUUACAUACAGAAGCUUUUUUGAUCUUCAGGCAAAUAAUUAAUUAGAAGGUAGGAUAACCUAAGGAGAGAAAAGGUGUGGGACUAUCAAAAAUCCAUCCUUGACAGGAAUAAUUCUUGGUCACUGAAAUUAUACACUGAGAAAAACAUUGUGGUUGUAAAAAGGGAACCGUGCUUUAUAUGUGUGUUUUAUGCUUAAGACUUGGAUUCUUGCUUUAUUUGGGUUUCCUUGACGUCACCUAGAUAGAGUUUCCUGGAUGAUUAGUCUUUCUUUAAUCUUCAAAAAUACAAUCUUUGUAAAGCAAGGAAACAUUGUCCAAAAUAUGACUCCGAUACCAGAACUUUGAAGUCUGUGAAAAAGUAGUAACUGUUCCAUUGAUAUUGUGGUUUAGUGGCCAUAAAUACGCUUGCAGAUUCCACCAUGAAUACUCCUUUUUAAAAAGAAACAAGCUACCUACCAGUCUGUGGCAGAGUUCUCUGACUAUCUAAUAAAGGUUUCUACUAGGAGUUA